AUGAAGAACAAAAAGAAUGGACCUCAACAUCGGGGAAAGUCGUACUUGAACCCUCCUAAGCAAUAUGGUAACCGCCCCAACAAUCAGAAGACUAUUACCAUGGGAUUUGCGGGUGGUAGUGGUAUCAAACCCAAUACUUUCCCCACUCACAUCAUUUGUUACAAAUGUAGGAAGCCAGGGCACAUCUCCUUAAAUUGUCCAGAUAAAGAUAUGAUCUGUUUUAAUUGUGGACAAAAGGGACACACUCAAAGAGAUUGUUCACAACUCAAGAAAGAGCAAAAUGGUGGAGGCCCGAAUGGUCAAACUGGACAUCCAAAGGCCACGGGAAGAGUCUUUUCCCUUAAUGGUGCUGAAGCUUUGAAAUCCAAAGAUCUAAUCCAAGAGAAACUUAAGCUUUCUGUGUCUUCUUUACAUAAAGAUCUAGUGGUAGAAACCCCUACUAGUGGUUUUGUAGGGAGUAAGGAUAUGAUGUUUACCUCUGUCAACCAAGUUGUGACAUCUUUAAAAGAAGAUGCUCAAGUGUACAUGAUCUUGUCUAACCUAGCGAUAGAGACAAAGGCUUCCAUGGGUGACCUCCUUGUUGUUAGAGAGUUUCCUGAAGUAUUUCCUAAGGAUAUAUCUGGUCUGCCACCCGAGAGAGAGAGAGAUAGAGUUUUCCAUAGAUCUGGUACCUGGUGCUGGACCCAUAUCCAUAGCCCCUUAUAG